AUGGUGCAACUACCCGAGCCGCUUGCCAACUUCCCUCGAGCCCAGCUUCUUUACCCUGGGCCUAGUUCUCUCCACCGACUCGACAGAUUGAGCUCCAACUAUGCGGAUCAAAACAUCAGCGUAUGGGUCAAGCGUGAAGAUAUGAACUCGCCCAUUGGCCUCGGUGGCAAUAAGAUGCGGAAACUUGAAUACAUCGUCCCCGAGAUUCUCGCCAGAGGGUGCGACACCUUAGUCACGAUUGGCGGAACGCAGUCAAAUCAUUGCCGCCAGGUAGCAGCACUCGGCGCAAAACUGGGCUUGAAAGUGAUCACCGUCCAUCAAAAGCGAGGGUUGGAGGAGACAGAACAAUGGAGACGAUUCGGAAACCAACAACUCUCUCGCCUGAUGGGUUCUUCGGCCUACUUUGCGGGAAAUGCAGAUGACGUGCUACAAAAGGUCCGAGACAGUGGAGGCAACCCAUACUUCAUUCCUGCGGGUGCAAGUCGCCAUCCUCUAGGAGCUCUCGGGUUCGUACGAUGGGCAUUUGAGCUGGAAGAGCAGGAGAAGUCCAUGGGCGUUUUCUUCGAGACCGUCACUGUAUCGUCGCAUAGCGGAGCAACGGCCGCAGGCAUGAUUUCGGGAUUCAAGUUGUCGUCGGUCUUACGACAGCGCAAGGGAGAAGACGUGCGACAAAGGAAGGUCGUAUCUAUCGAUGCGGACAACAGAGACCCCAAGGUUCUUAGGGACAUUAUUCUCGGCAUCGCGAAGAACGCGGCUUUAAAGAUCGGACUGAACCCAGACACGCUUACGGAAGACGAUGUGAUCGUGGAAGACAGGUUUGCAGCAGGGGCGUAUGCCAACCCGGAUAGAGGCACGUUGGACGCAUUGCGGAUGGCAGCGUCUAUGGAUGCCCUGAUACUGGACCCUGUGUACUCGGGCAAGGCGUUCGCUGGACUGUUGGGACUCCUUGGAGCCAAGCAGAUCCGAAGCGGGACCAAGGUGCUCUUUGUUCAUACAGGUGGUCUGCCUGCACUAGGUCUAUAUAGCCAACUGUAA